AUGGAUUUAGUAAAGUUGAAUUACAGAUCAAUAGGCGGUAUGCCGUCAGUUCUGAUUGAUUACCUUCAAGCUGGGAUGGUUGUCCUCUUUUAUAGGCCUUGGGAGGUGUGCAAUUUGUUUAGAGUUUCGAUGUGGGACUCUGGACGUCAGUUGUGGGACUGCCACGCGUCAAAGGGGGCGAGGUUGCCCUAA